GGCAAAGACACCUGACGAUCUGAAGAUUAAAAAAGCUCGAUUCGAGCAAUUAGCCUUUAGUUCCUCCUCGCCCUAAGUUGAGUUCUUCAUCUCUCUCACUCUUCUCUGCUUCUUCAAAUUACCAAUCAACCAUGACCAAGCAACAAGCUAAUUGGUCUCCAUACGACAACAAUGGCGGAUCCUGCGUUGCGAUCGCCGGAGCCGAUUACUGUGUAAUCGCCGCCGAUACUCGCAUGUCCUCCGGUUACAAUAUUCUCACCCGCGAGUACUCCAAAAUCUGCAAAUUAGCAGACAAAGCUGUAAUGGCCUCUUCAGGUUUUCAAGCUGAUGUGAAUGCUUUACAGAAGCACUUGGCAGCCAGGCACUUGACCUAUCAGCACCAACACAACAAGCAGAUGAGCUGCCCUGCAAUGGCUCAGCUGCUCUCCAACACCCUCUACUAUAAACGUUUCUUUCCUUAUUAUGCCUUCAAUGUUUUAGGUGGUCUUGACAGUGAAGGCAAGGGUUGUGUCUUCACCUAUGAUGCUGUUGGUUCCUAUGAGAGAGUUGGAUAUUCUUCCCAAGGUUCUGGUUCCACGCUCAUCAUGCCCUUUCUGGAUAACCAGCUGAAGUCUCCCAGCCCUCUGUUAUUGCCAGCUCAGGAUGCUGUUACUCCACUUUCUGAAUCAGAAGCAGUUGAUUUGGUUAAAACUGUUUUUGCAUCUGCAACUGAGAGGGAUAUAUACACUGGAGACAAGCUUGAAAUUGUUGUUCUAAAUGCUGGAGGUAUUCAUCGUGAAUACAUGGAACUCAGGAAAGACUGAUUUCUGUACUGAACUGUCCUGCUGGUCUUUCCAAAGAAGAAUGCUGAAACUGUAUGAACUGGCCUUUGAGUAGAGAGUUCUCAUGACUCAUCAAUUAAGCUUUAGCUUUUCAACGACAAUUUGAUUAAUUGCAUUUCCUAGCGGAAUUGUUGCAGCUGUGAUGCCUCUUUUGGACACAAGUCUCCUGUACUAGACUAUGUUAAUAUUUAUAUUCAGUUUACUUUAUCCCAAGUUAGACGUUUAAGUCUGACACCAUGGGAAAAAGGAUGUGGUAAUGAUUUAUGAAUGAUGAAUCUCUUUAGUUUUCUGUUUGAGGAAAUAUUAAUUUCAUUUAUCUGCUUA